UAGAGACAAGAAGACAGGAAAACUGCGGGGAAACAUGGAGACUGCUCGCAGCGAGAGAAGGAGAGCUGAGAAGAGUUUGGCAAGCAGCAGCCAACAGGAGGGUGCUGGAGGACUGUGGGAUUCUGUGAAGAAAGGUGCUGUUGUCAUUGGAUCCGGAAUAUUAUUCUUGGCUGCCUUUGGCAACUCACUGACAUGGCACCUUCAGAGAUUCUGGGGAGCUUCAGGAGACUUCUGGCAGACCUUGUGGACGAAGGUUUACCUGGCCUUUGAAGGUCAUGAUGCCGCUUUGUUCUUCGUAGGAACCAUGUUGGCCCCGACUUUGGUGUUCUGGGUGUUAAAUGCUUUCCUACUGCUGGUGGACACCACUGGUAAACCAUCUUUCAUCACUCGCUAUCGCAUCCAGGAGGACAAGAACACUCCAGUGGAUCCUGUGAAACUGAAGCAGGCCGUGAAGACCGUUCUCUUCAAUCAGGUGUUCAUCUCCGGACCCAUGGUGGUGGUCGUUUACCUCCUGGUGAGCUGGACAGGAGACCCAUGCGGCCCAGAGUUGCCCACCUUCCACCGGGGCCUCAUUGAGCUGGCCAUCUUCUCCAUCCUGGAGGAAGUCCUGUUUUACUACUCGCACAGGUUGUUCCACCAUCCCAGCCUCUACAAGCAUUUCCACAAACAGCACCAUGAGUGGACCGCUCCCAUCGGAGUCGUCUCCAUCUACGCUCAUCCUCUGGAGCAUGUGAUCUCCAAUAUGCUGCCUGUGGUAAUCGGGCCUGUGAUAAUGGGUUCGCACAUCACUACCACCUCGGUGUGGUACUGCCUGGCUCUGGUCAGCACCACCAUCUCCCACUGCGGCUACCACCUCCCCUUCCUGCCAUCGCCAGAGUUCCACGACUUCCACCAUCUGCGGUUUAACCAGUGUUACGGUGUUUUUGGCGUCCUGGACCGGCUCCACGGCACCGAUGCAAAGUUCAGGCAGACGAAGCAGUACGAGCGGCACACCCUGCUCACCAGCCUUACCCCGCUCACCCAGAGCAUCCCUGAAACGCCUAAGAAGUGCCAGUGAUCUGCGGCCUCUUGCUUUUUAGUUCUCAGUCAGGACUCAAUUGAUUGUAGUCAUUUUAACUCAACUUUUUAACCAUUCCUGCAAACUAAUUCAUUAACAUGUUAUAAUCUAAUUAUUUCAUAAAGGAAAUGUUGAUCAUCUCCUUCCUUCUAUAGUGCAGUUCUGCGAGGAUAUGGACCGUUAUGCUGGUGUUGAAUCUAAGCUUUAUUUCAAUUCCUAAUCUUCUCUAGCAGCACUUAAAGCUCAGCAGUUUACGCUCUUCUGACAUGUUUACGACAGAAGAGAUGCUGACAGGAGCAGCACUUUAGAGGCAUUUGGACCCAAACAUGUCUGAAAGUAUUAUGGCCCUCCCUUUGGGGAAUGCAGAUGGUGUUCUGGGAUGUUCUUUAAAAGAUUAAAAUACUU